GGGUGGGUGCGUGGCCGGAGCCAAGCCGAAGCCAUGCGUGAGAUCGUGCACAUCCAGGCCGGCCAGUGCGGGAACCAGAUCGGCGCCAAGUUCUGGGAGGUCAUCAGCGACGAGCACGGCAUCGACCCCACCGGCAGCUACCACGGAGACAGCGAUCUGCAGCUAGAGAGGAUCAACGUCUACUACAAUGAAGCAACUGGUAACAAAUUUGUACCCCGUGCCAUCCUGGUUGACUUGGAGCCUGGCACGAUGGAUUCAGUCAGGUCUGGACCUUUCGGCCAGAUCUUCAGACCUGACAACUUUGUCUUUGGCCAGAGUGGUGCUGGCAACAACUGGGCCAAGGGCCACUACACAGAGGGCGCUGAGCUAGUCGACUCUGUGCUGGACGUGGUACGGAAGGAGUCUGAGAGCUGCGACUGCCUGCAGGGCUUCCAGCUGACCCAUUCCCUGGGCGGCGGCACAGGCUCCGGCAUGGGGACGCUUCUCAUCAGCAAGAUUAGGGAGGAGUACCCGGAUCGGAUCAUGAACACGUUCAGCGUGAUGCCAUCUCCCAAGGUUUCGGACACCGUGGUUGAGCCGUACAAUGCCACCCUUUCUGUCCACCAGCUGGUGGAGAACACGGAUGAAACCUACUGCAUUGACAACGAGGCCUUGUAUGACAUCUGCUUCCGCACACUGAAACUGACGACUCCUACCUACGGGGAUCUCAACCAUUUGGUCUCCGCCACCAUGAGCGGGGUGACCACCUGCCUCCGGUUUCCUGGCCAACUGAAUGCUGACCUCCGCAAACUGGCAGUCAACAUGGUGCCCUUCCCGCGCCUGCACUUCUUCAUGCCCGGGUUUGCUCCCCUCACUAGCCGCGGCAGCCAGCAGUAUCGUGCCCUGACGGUGCCGGAGCUCACCCAGCAGAUGUUUGAUUCUAAAAACAUGAUGGCGGCCUGCGACCCGCGCCACGGCCGCUAUCUUACGGUGGCGGCCAUUUUCCGGGGCAGAAUGUCCAUGAAGGAAGUGGAUGAGCAGAUGCUCAACGUCCAGAACAAAAACAGCAGCUACUUCGUGGAAUGGAUCCCCAACAACGUGAAGACGGCCGUGUGUGACAUUCCGCCACGGGGCCUCAAAAUGUCCGCCACGUUCAUCGGCAACAGCACAGCCAUCCAGGAGCUGUUCAAGAGAAUCUCUGAGCAGUUCACGGCCAUGUUCAGGCGCAAGGCCUUCUUGCACUGGUACACCGGCGAGGGCAUGGAUGAAAUGGAGUUCACGGAGGCCGAGAGCAAUAUGAACGACCUGGUCUCCGAAUACCAGCAAUAUCAAGAUGCUACUGCUGAUGAGCAAGGUGAAUUUGAAGAGGAAGGAGAGGAGGAUGAGGCUUAGGAUUGAGUAGGUUUUAGUGCAAUUGGACUAAUGUUGAGGGUGAGAUCUGUUCAGCUGUACUGAUGCAUGCUUUUCAGUUAUUCUUGGUGCUUUUCACUGUUGCCUCUGUCAGCAGUAUUUUGUGACCUUGACUCUUUAUGUAACAGUAGUUGCAAAAGACUUCUGAAAAAGUCUUGUGUCUAAAUGUCUGAUCUCAAACAUAAAAGGCAUUUGUGUUUCACAA